UUGAAUGGGCUCCGCUGUCUUAGGGCGCAGCGGAGGAAACAGGCACGUACCGCACGCCUCGCUGUCACACCGAGCCGUACGGACUCGAACCAGAACCGACGGACCGGGACGCGGCUUCCAGCUCGGACAGGAGGACGAACAUCUCCUUUAAACCCCCAGCUGGAGUCUGUUUGUUCAGGGAGCCUCUUGGACACCAGGAUGUAGUUUAGCAGCCCGAAGCUCCCGCUUUUCAACCUGCAGAAGAAAACAGCGAGGAAAUGGAGACUUUAAGCGGCUUUUCCUCCCAGCGAAACACCCUGUGUCUGUUUGACGUGGACGGCACGCUGACCCCACCGAGAGAGAAAAUCGACCCGAAGCUGGACGAGUUCCUCCAGACUCUGAGGAGGAAGGUGAAGAUCGGCAUCGUGGGAGGGUCCGACUACCCGAAGAUAGCCGAGCAGCUCGGGGAAGGAGACGACGUGAUUCACAAGUUUGACUACGUGUUUGCUGAAAACGGGACGGUUCAAUAUAAAGACGGGAAACUCCUCUCGAAGCACGCGAUCCAGAACCAUCUGGGAGAGGAGCUGCUGCAGGAUCUGAUUAACUUCUGCCUGCGGUACAUGGGGCUCAUUAAGCUGCCAAAGAAAAGGGGAACGUUUAUUGAGUUCAGGAACGGGAUGAUUAACAUUUCGCCCAUCGGUCGCAGCUGCACCCAGGAGGAGAGGAUCGAAUUUUCCGAAAUAGACAAGAGGGAGAAGAUCCGGGAGAAAUUUGUUGCUGCCCUGAAAAAGGAGUUUGCCGGAAAGGGGCUUCGCUUCACCAAAGGUGGGCUCAUCAGUUUCGAUGUUUUCCCUGAGGGCUGGGACAAGCGGCUCUGCUUAGACCUGCUGGAGAACGAAGGCCUGGACGCCAUCUACUUCUUUGGCAACGAAACCUCAGACGGAGGAAACGACUACGAAAUCUUCAACGACCCGCGGACGAUCGGCUUCACCGUCUACUCGCCAGAGCACACUGCCCGGCUCUGCCGCGAACUUUUCUUCGACCCGUCGCCGCGCCGCAUCGCCAUCCCUCCAGCCAAAAGCCCCUCCGAACUGGACGGCAGCAGGAGUAUCGAGCGCAGGCUUUUGAUGAAGUGCUGAGUGGCCCGGCUGCUGACGCCUCCUUGAUAAUGAUGUUAGUUUCAUGUAUGAGUGGAAGGCAGGAGGUGGGUUUUAUUUAAAGAAACAGGCAGCAGAUGUUGUUGUUUAAGUACUGUGCCAAAAACUAAGUUUGACUGCUGUAACCUUGAAAUGAACCAUAAAUGAACAGGGAUAUUUAUCUUCCAGAUCACUUUGGGUAGGAAGUGAUAUUUUGCACUAAUAACUGCAUCAUGUAGUUAAUGACAAACUCACCGCAGUCAGGGAGCGGGACGGAGGAGACUCAGACUGCAACAGGAUUUCUGUUUUGUUUUUGGUGAUUAUCUUCUUCUACACUCUAGUUAAAGUGUAGGACGUACCAAAGGGACACAACAUUCCAGGUGCUGUGAUUUUUUAACUGGAUCCGUUUUAAUACGUCAGCUGUUUAACUAUCUGGUGUCAAAUAUUUACAUCAACUUCUCGAGUGUCCUGAAGGAACUAUGAACUCCUUUUCAAUGCACUUAAGGGAACAAUCAAUCAAUCAAUCAAAUUUUUUUUGUAUAGCACAUUUCAGCUACAAGGCAUUUCAAAGUGCUUUACAUCAUAAACACAAAACACAAAG